GGCAGCGAUUUUUCGGAAGCUUCCGGAAGCGUCUCUCGCUCGCGUAGAGGCUUGUGUCCAGAGACGAAAGGACCCGCUCGAAAGAAACUCUAGCGAUGACGAUGGAAGACGCGACUGUCGACACGGGUGUACGAGACGGCGUGGAGAUGCGAAUGGGACACACGCGGUACUGCUCGACGAGGGAGCAUAGAAUCGGCUGCUAUUCGUGCUUGUGUCAACCGGAAAGAAAGACGUGCUUGCUUGCACACGAGCUCGCCGGUGUUGCGCAGAGAUCGUCUACCGCACGGCAUUUUCUAAAUCAACGGAACCAGAGUCGCUACUGCGAGACAGGAAGGAUGUUUGCAGUUGCUGUACAUCGAGUCCGGUGUGCCAAUAUUUUCAGAGAGUGUAUGCCAGAAGAUCCACAGGAGAGAAGUGCGCGAAGACUUUGAG